CGUGCGUGAGCGUUUGCUGCGCAUGCGCUUUGUCCUUCCAUUCCCCCCCACCCGCUCCUUCAGAGCAGCCGCCUCUGGGUUUGAGGAGGGGGAGAAAAGAAAGGCGACGGUGGCGGAGGAGGAGGCCGGAGAGGAGCGGAGGAGACGUGGCCGCCGUGGCCGCCACUGCAGCCGCCGCCAAGACGGACUUCUUGUGGGACAAGCGGACAGGGCUGGCGGCCAAGAGGAUGCCUCAUUCCAGAAGGUUCCGCUCGUCGGAACGCAGCAGCCGGGGAAGCUACUACGAACGUUACAGAAGCCGCAAGCACAAGCGGAGGCGGAGCCGCUCUCGGUCAAGCAGCAGCGAGCGCCGACAUCGCAGGGAAGACAGCUACCAUGUCCGGUCCCGAAGUUACGACGACCACUCAUCUGAUCGACGAGCCUAUGACCGACGAUACUGUGAUGGCUACCGGCGAGAGGGCUACAGCCGCGAGCGAGGCGACGCCUACUACGAGGCUGAGUACCACAACUCCUAUGAGUACCAGCGCUCCCAUGAUGACAGCUACCGCAGCUGCAAGAGCAGUCGGCGAAAGCGGAGGCGGAGACGCCGUCAUAGCCGCUCCUUUAGCCAGUCUUCAUCGCAGAGUCAACCAAGCGGCCGGAGAGCCAAGAGCGUGGAAGACGACGACGAAGGCCACCUCAUCUAUCGCAUCGGCGACUGGCUCCAAGAAAGAUAUGAGAUUAUUAGUACUCUUGGAGAGGGCACUUUCGGAAGGGUCGUUCAGUGCGUGGAUCACCGCAGGGGCAACACACGCGUGGCUCUCAAAAUAAUAAAGAAUGUGGAAAAGUACAAAGAGGCAGCUCGUUUGGAGAUCAAUGUCCUUGAGAAGAUUAACGAGAAAGAUCCGGAAAACAAAAACCUAUGUGUCCAGAUGUACGAUUGGUUUGACUACCACGGUCACAUGUGCAUUUCCUUUGAGCUUCUGGGGCUCAGCACCUUUGACUUCCUGAAGGACAACAACUACCUGCCUUACCCGCUCCAUCAGAUCAGGCAUAUGGCCUACCAAGUGUGCCAGGCUGUCAAAUUUUUGCAUGAAAACAAGCUCACUCAUACAGACCUCAAACCGGAAAACAUCCUCUUUGUCAAUUCAGAUUAUGAAAUGACUUACAACCUGGAAAAGAAGCGAGAUGAGCGAAGUGUCAAGAACACAGCAGUCCGGGUGGUCGAUUUCGGCAGCGCCACUUUCGACCAUGAGCAUCACAGCACCAUUGUCUCUACGCGGCACUAUCGGGCUCCAGAGGUCAUUCUAGAGCUUGGUUGGGCCCAGCCCUGUGACGUCUGGAGCACCGGAUGCAUCAUCUUUGAAUACUACAUGGGUUUCACCUUGUUUCAGACCCACGACAACCGAGAACAUCUGGCCAUGAUGGAGCGGAUCCUGGGUCCCAUCCCGUCCCGUAUGACCCGGAAGACCAGGAAGCAGAAAUAUUUCUAUCAUGGCCGCCUAGAUUGGGAUGAAAACACUUCCGCAGGGCGCUAUGUGCGGGAGAACUGCAAGCCACUGCGGAGAUACCUGGCGUCCGAAGCGGAGGAGCACCACCAGCUCUUUGACCUCAUUGAGGGCAUGCUGGAGUACGAGCCGGCCAAGCGGCUCACUUUGGCCGAGGCCGUGAAGCACCCCUUCUUUGACUCCCUCAAACCCCCACAGCCGCCGGGCCCCAAGCCUUGGGACGCCAGCCGAGACAUCAGCCGGUGACUGAUGCGCCUUCCCAAGCCUCCCUUCCCCUUCGCAUGCAAGGCGCUCCUUCGCACAAUUGGCCCCUGUGGAGGCUGGUGCGGCGGGAUGCGCACGGGUCCAUUUUGGUGCUUUUCAAGAGACAAUACCGAGGAAAUCCAGACCCGACCCUCUCUCCCCCGACACUCCGGGUUUCCUUUUUUUAAAAAAUCAUGUAAAGCUUGUUUAUAUGUGAAAUAAUGUAUAUAUAAUAACAUACAGGAAAACCCUAUGGCAACCCUUCCCAUGCUGUGUAAAUAAAAGUCCCUCUGGGUUCAUGUCCCUCCAUUCCUCUUGCAGAUAGCUCCAUUCCCUACUGCUGUAAUUUAAAAUCCCCUUUGGGCGUUAUUUUUGGAUAAUCACCAUCGCCCCCUUCCGAUGCCAGAGUUUUAUAUGGGUUUUGUACAGGCUUUGUGUAAAAAUAAAUAAGUGAAUUAA